GUUGCACUUCAGGAAAAUCUGAAUUACCAACUUGAACUUCUGCAAUUUAGCUUUUUACAGCAGGCUCAUCAACAACAGAGUGUCUUCCCUGUUAUUCCAUCACCCUUUUUCUUUCACAAUUUUCCAAUGGCUGCAACAGAAGAGGCCGUAAAAUCUGAGAGGUUGAGUCCUCAUGUUGACUCAAUAGCUCCGAUUACUAUAUCUGCUGCUGCGGCCAGUACCAUCGGUGCUUAUCUUCCUCAGCCUCGUGCAAUGGUAGUGAGGUGUGAUGUGUGCGAGCUGAGCUUCUUUUCCCAAGGUGUUCUUCAGAGCCAUAUGGCGGGCUCUAAACAUCAGAGGAAGGUGAAGAGUGCAGAGCUUCUCAAGAGUUUGGAGUCCAUGAACCAUGAGUUUGAGAGGAAUGAAAUCUCUGGCGUCAUUCGAUGCAUUGUCUGUGACAUCACAGUCAACUCCCCUCAGUUACUGGCGACACACAUGGCAGGCAAUAAGCACAAGGCCAACGCCCUCAAACGUGAAAGAGCUGACGAUGCUGGCAGUGUGCCUCCUGCUAAGCGCUCCUGCCCUGACGGUGCUGCUGAUGACGUAACUGACGGCUCUGAGAUUCUUGGUGUUGCAGCAAAGAAGAGGAAAAAGAAGAAGAAGAAGAAAUCGACGGCAGAGACUGCAGAGGGUACUGAAGGCACUGUCCCUCAAGAGCUCAACCUUCCUGAAUUCGUGUCCAAGUUUGAAACGGAGCUGAGCUGCUAUUAUUUCUGCAACCCUUGUAGUGCGCAUUGCAACUCCGAGCUUCAGCUCGUCCAGCAUCUGUCUUCGAAGAAGCACAGUGACAAGAUGCAAGGACGCACCGGAAGCCCUGUAGGACGUGGCAGACGAGGACGCGGAGGACCCAGCAAUGGACCGUGGACAAACCCAGAGGUGUCAUUUGGUGAUGGGCCUUUUAGGGGUAGAGGCUCUUGGGCACCGAGAAGCGAGCGAUUAAGAGGUGGCAGUCGAGGCCGCGGCCGCGGCCGGCCAUAUUUUAGCCGAGGUGGUCGUGGAAUGAGAAGUCGAGGUGGGGACGCGUUUGCUUCUUGGAGUGGCAGAAAACCUUUCAUGGGACGUGGAAGAGGUGGCCCUAAUGCACCCGGUGAGGGUUUUGGAAAUACACAGCCUAUCAAUGAAGAUACUUCUUGUGAUGCAAGAAAUUGGAAUAAUAGAGGUCGAGGAAAUUCUUUUCGCGGUAUGAAACGGACUUUUGACGAUUCAGAAACGGCGAUGCCUUAUGGUGCUCGUGGUUGGGAUAACAAUCGCUCACAAGAAAAUUAUGGGGCAAACACAACGAAUGAAUGGGUUGCUGUUGAGCCUUCAGUCAGAGGUGGUGGGGGACCGAACUUCACGCAUGGGAUCCCUUUUCGUUCAAUGAGAGCAGGUCAUCGAGGAUACGGCGAUAAUCGACAUGGCGGACAAUCCGCUACAAAUUACGCUACUGGAGAUUUUACUCAUGGCUGGGAUGGAAGCGUUAAUAAUUCUUAUGUUCCUGGUGGCGAUGUAUCUGCUGGAGUCAGUGCUGAUGUGUAUCACCAGGAAUGGACGGGUGAAAACUAUGGCGGGGGCGAGGAGUCUCGUCCCUGGGCCGAAGGGUUUGUCGCUACAACGUACCCUCCUCCAUCGACACAAAAUUACUAGAACAACAAUGCUUGGGUCAAUUUGAUCCAUAAGCAUAUUAUUCUGUCGCUGGCUGAGUCUAUCUCGAUCUGGGUAUGAAAGAGGUCAUCCGUCAUUUGUCAGACGAAUUUCUUAUCAAUCUUCUCAGAAUUGAUAUCUUCAUAAUGUCUUGGUUGUUUGCAUAUCAGUGAACUCGUCAAAUAGCUUUUACGAUUUUUGUCAACUAUGAAAGGUAAAUUUUGAUUUCGUGGCUACCACCGUACUGCAAUUUUAACUCGAAUUUCAAAAAUUAUCUCAUUUCAGUGUUUUAUUGCUUAAUGUUUGUACAGUGCAAUGAUCAGAACUGAACCCUUAUGGCCUUGGAUGCGCAGAAAAACGAAUUUAUUUCUUAUAAAUCUUAUAAGAAAUGUAAAAUUAUUAUGAGAAUUAUCCACUUUUUUUUGUAGCGAUCGAUUUUUUCGCCUGUCAUUAGUGUGUUUAUUUUGAAAAGUCGUCAGUGAUUGGCUGAAGAUGUUAACUCUCGACUAUUUUCGAUAGUUCGGCCCCUGAUAGGUAACAUCGCAUCUCCCAAGUCCAUUAGGUAGAGAAGCCUAACACUUGUCAUUCUUUUUCAUGCUUGGGACGCAUAUAAGCCGUCAAUUCUUCGUUUGAAGACAAAUAUUGAUGAAAAAAAAUUACGUUAAUGUUCAGCUCGAGUCUGCGCGAAGUGCGUGGUAUGGUAGUGCUAUAAUCAUCGCUACUGAGAUUGCUCCGUGCCGUUCCAAGGCGAUAAGGGUCAAUUCAAGUAUUUUCAUUCAUCAUAUGUUGUACGUGUCAGCGUAUAAGUGCAGCAUUUAUUCUUAGCUUAGUAGAGAAAGAACGCGUUGAAUGUCAAAUAAUUGUUUGCUAUCUAGAACAAGCUUAAAAUUUAAACGUUUUGCAAACCGGGCAUUUCAAGAACAUGCACGGCACAGUGAAUUAAAUUUGUCGUGAUAGACACUUCAAAAUUAGCCCAUUAUAAGACGCCUCUAAAAAGAAGACAUAUCUUACCUUGAGGUGCAUUACAGCAUAUUUCGUUCCGUCAUGAAAUCUAUGUUAUUACGGUGUUGAGUAACUCGAAAGUUUUCGUAACGCUAAGCUGCACGUAUUUGCCGCAAUUAAAGUCCUUGACCGAUUUUUAGACGAAAGUAGUUUAUUAUUGCAUAGACAUUCAAAUUUCUAUGUUGUAUCAUUGUGACUUUGUCUAUUUAAUAAGGGGCUGUAUUUGAAUUUGAUGACGGCGUGAAUUAACUACAUUCUUUAUAAAUUAGCGCGUUCUCGUUAUCGCUUACAAUGGGACAAAAAAUUUGAAGGUAGAUAUAUACUGAUCGAUAUCAACAUAUUUUAACAAAUUUCAAAAAAUUUUAGCUCCAAUGUCCUAUGUCAUCUUGCACGUUGGUUUGCAGUGUUGCAAACCAUUCCUUCACUUCGACAUUUCAGAUUAGAAAUAGUCAUCAUUUCGUGUGCUUGUACACAAUUUUUUCCGCGCAAAAUCGAAUGACGAGUCAUUUUACAAUACCAUUUUAUGUUCAACAGAAGAAUAAUAAAAAUGUUAUUCAUUUAUUUCCCA